AAGAAGAACGGUCAAAGAACGGGGAAUUUCUAUCGCUUUGAAACCUUUCGUACUUAAUAGUUGCUGCAAGAGUGCUUUUUUUUGUUGUGUAAAUUAGGAAAAAUGUUGCGCGCCAAAGCGCUGAGAUCGACACACGAUGCCUUAAACUAACAGAAUGGUGGCCAAAAAUUAUAAUGGUGGAUGUUGUGCGUCGCAGGUACUCAAUAGUUGCAAACGGUUGCAAGCCAGCGGCAGUUAAACCGAUUCGUCCCGCCAUCUUGAAAUAUAACCGUGCUCGAUCGUUGCUAGACAUUCUGUUCAAGGGAAAGAACUGUCAGUACACGUACACAUACAUACGUUCAAUUUGUAUUACGCGUAUCUUUCCACUUUUAAACUUCAACCUAACGAAAACACGGGCUAGAUUUUAAAUAAAAAGUUUGUUGUUCUGACAUUUACAUCGUAUCUAUCUGAUUUGUGAUGAAUUGACUUUUACAAUAUGCACGUAGGUUGCACGUACCAACAUUUCUGUACAUUAAAUCCUUUUCAGUUCUUAACAAGUAUCACGAAAGCAAUACGAGUCAUUUAGUGCAAUUAUGUUUCGAUACUAAAAUAUCUCGACAAAUUGGCUUUGAUGGGAGUUAUGAUCCAUGUUUUGUAUAAAUUAAUGAAAAAGAAAGUUUUCGAACGAGUGAAGCGUCAAUCUGAAAAUAGAGAGCAAGAAAGGUCGUUCGAUCGUCUCGAAAGCUACUGAACAGAGUAAACACAGAACGAACGAAUAAUAUCGCAAGAAACCAUAUAAUUCAAAUCUAAUAUGAAAUGCAAAUAAUGUUGGUGACCUUAAAAAUAUGAGAUUCUCAACAUUGCAAGAACAAGAAUACGGGGUAGAUUUACCUCAGGAUCAGGUACUCAGCGAUACACAUCGGACUGUGAUGGCUACGACAGAUAACAUAGCAUUAAAACAUGAAGAUUCGGUGGAAGAAGGUUCUGUGGUGUCCAAUCUUCCUCUUCUAUUUGCCAAUGGAUAUCCAACAUCGUUAGAAAAAAUUACAUUAGUACAGCUGGAACGCUUUGUAUCUUUCAUGGUUCAGUGUUCUCUAGGACACGACACCGGCGAUGUUAUCACUGAACCACGGUGGUGGCCAAAAGAAGUAAAAUUUUCAAAUCCCCUAACAAGACCUAACAGAGUCACCGAAAACUGGAUGGCGAAUUUGAAGAAAUUGGUAUUUAGAUGCUACACGUACCACAGAAGCGAGUAUUUGUUACGUUUUUGCUCUUACCUUGCACGAUACCCGCACGAAGACUUAGAAUAUGUUAAUAAUUGGGACUCUACAACCAGUCUGUAUCACAAAACUACUGGAAAACUAUUAGUAACGUUUCGUAAUGAAAAUAUGAAUUAUGACAAAAGAAACGAGAGUCCACGAAAAAAGUUACUUUCAUGCAGUGGAGUCGCUUUUUGUAAUUCGAGUAAGUUGAAACUACAACAGCAUCCCAUUGCAAUGGUUGAACCACCGGUGGAAGACAUUUACUUAUGCGACAAUUGCGAUGCUGAAUUUGUAGGCCUAGAGAAGAUGAAGGAACACGAACGUACGUGUCGCGAACAGCCACACAGCGGAGGCAAUUCACGAUCUAUAACUCCGGAUGUGUUAGUUCCAGAGCCUGAAUUAAGCCAAUAUCAAUUCUUAGACUAUUUUCGAUUGUGUUCAUCGAAAGCAGAAUUAAAAUUGGCCGAGCCACCUAAGGCCUUUACAAUUAAUAAUAAUAUCAACGAGGAACGUACAUCCCGCCGUGUUCGUGGUUCUAUUAAUUUUACAAGAUGUCCAACUAUUCCGUUUUCUUCACCUGCUGGUGUAUUAUUAGCUAAAAAGUCAAAGGUGAUGACCGAAGAAACUCAGUUAGAAAGGCUAGAGAGGAUAGAGAGACAUCUUAUGGCUCCCGUUUUGCAAAGUUCAUGUAAACCCAAAUGGUUGGAGACUGAAUUCGGUCACGAUAGAUGGAUCGUUACGUAUAAACCGAGUCGAGAAAAACUAGUGGACGACUAUGUGCACCAAUACAAAUUUGUAAACUCUGUUAAGAGAAAACCGAUGUUGAGCAUACAGUCGCAAUUAUUAUAUGUUGCAUGCCGUCCUGUUUACGUGCUAUUAACGCACCUGACUCAAGGGCAAAUUAACGAUCUCAAGCAACAUCCUCCGAAAUGCCGACGUCUUGUUCGAAGAGUCACAGUUGAUGAUAAGGAAUCGAUGACGGAAGAUCAAAAGAGAAUAAAACCGAACGUUCCUUCUAAACGUAAAGCUCCGAGUGACGAAAGCGAUUCGAACGUAAUGGAGAAAAGCGAAGAGACUAUUAGUAAUGAGGCAAGUGUUCGAAACCCAAUUGUUUUCGAAGUUACAAAGUCGUGUGACGAAAACGAUACCACUGUCGCGAUACCGAUAAAAGAAACAACUUUGUGCCCUAAAUCGAUGAACAGGGUUACAGUGAUCGAUCUUUGUUCCUCGGAUGAAGAUGAGGGCCCAGUUACUCCUGCACCUUCAGAUGAGAAUAGGGAUCCACUGAGUUGUAUCGACGAAGACGUAACGAAAUCUUUGUUACAGAAGCUUUCCACGACGACGUUUCGAAUGCAACAAACGACGGAAUGGAUAGCGGAUAAUAUUUUGAGCAACGGUAGUGAGAAUUGUACAAGCGAGUACCGUAGUACAAUGUUGAGUACGCAUACAAAUCUAUCCCCGAUCAUUAGACCAGCACCAUAAAGUCUCGAUAAACUUGGUGCGUAAUAUUCAUCGUACACGCGUUACAUUUGUUACGAUAUUUAUUGUUUCUAUUUUACACGAUUAUUAAAUAUUAAAAGAUUAUAAAUAUACGUACUUUUAUCAUUUGCAGUGCAUUGUAAAGUUUUUCACGAAAAAAUUCGUUACUAACGUUUGUAAAAUAACAAAUCACUCAAAUUGUAUUUGUCAUAAAAUAAAAAAAAAUA